UGUCAGGGAAGCGCAGAGGAAAGAAAGAGCCGGUCAUUCAGUACUGAGCUGCAGCUCGGCGCGCGCGAAGGAGAAGGAGAAGAAGGAGGAGAAGGAGGAGAAGAGCAGCAGCUGUGAAUUUAACAGGAAUUAUUUCUCAUCCUUCGCUGUAUAAACUCCAGCUCUUAUUGUGGACAGCUUUCGGAAAUAACUGCAGUGUGUCAUAUUUUUACACGGUAGAGGAACUGGUAAAGGCUGAGGACGAAUUUUAAAACAGGGCAAUGAGGGGACAGGCGUGACAGGCGUGUCCCGGAGUGCCGUGUAAGGAGGGGGAUGCUGGAGGAGGAGGACAUGGAGGCGACGGGAGGAGCGAGCCUCCAGGCUGAGGUGGAGCGGCUCUCCGCCGAGCUCCAGGAGGCCAACGAGGAGAAGCUGCAGGCGGCGCGCUAUGGCCUGGCCGUGUUAGAGGAGAGCGCCGCUCUCAAGCUCAAACACAGCCACCUGGAAGAGGAGCACGAGGCCCUCAAACUGGAGGUGCAGCAGCUCCGUGAGGCGCUGGCUGACUCAGUGAGCAGCCAUAAGCGUGCAACAGCAGAUGGGCAGUGUCGAGAGGAGAGUCUGCUACAGGAGACAGCCAGUAAGGAGGCUGCCAUGGCAACGCGGAUGGAGGAGCUACAGGCGGAGCUAAAGCAGGCCCGAAUGGCGCUGGCCAACAGCAUGGCAGAAAACGAGAGGCUGGGCGGGCUCUCCGCUCAGAUGAAGAAGGAGUGUGAUGUUUUGGAGACUGAGAAGGCUCGUGUCAGAGAGGAGUUGAAGGAAUUUAAGGUUCGUGAACUGCAGCAGCUUCAGGACAACACUGAACUGGAGGAAGAGAACAUCUCCCUGCAGAAACAAGUCUCUGUGCUCAAAGAGAACCAGGUGGAGUUUGAGGCUCUGAAGGUCGAGCUCUCACAGAAGGAUGAGGAACAGGACCUCCUGCGAGCACAGCUGGAGGAGGCCGGCCGGCUGCGCGAGAUUGCCGAGAGGCAGCUGGACGAGGCCCUUGAGGCCCUAAAGGAUGAGCGCGAGCAGAAGAACAGUUUAAAACGGGAGCUAGCUGCUCACACGCUCAACCCGUUUGACUCCGUGGUGCAUCUGGACCUGCAGAUGGAUGACAGCCUGGACGGAGAUAGGGCGGCAGAGGAGAAGGAGCGGGGAGAUAAAGAGGAAGAAGAGCAUGACAGCGGCUACAACCACUCGAAAGGAAGCGAGAAGCAGCGCUGCUCUACUCCCAGGAGCAGUGACGUGUUCCUUCGGCCUCAGGCUCCCGGGCUGGUGGCUGACCUGCUGAGCGAACUCCAUCUGUCCGACACUCAGAAGCUCAAACAGCAGCUGUUGCAGGCGGAGAGGGAGAAAGCAGCUUUGGCCAGUUCAGUCCAGGACCUCCAGGAGGCACUGGCCCAGUCUAAAGUGACUCUGGAUGAGCAGAAAGUGAGGGUGGAGCAGCUCUCUCAGCGUCUGGAGGUACUGCAGGGUUGUUCCACUUCUUUCAUCUCCCAGUCCGGGACAAAAACCCAGGAGCAGAAUGGAAAUAGUGAGCUGGAGAAUGACGAUGAUCUGGAGCUGGAUGCCAAGAGUGCAGAGGUGCUCGAGAAGCGCAUGCGUGCAGCCAACGCUGAGCUCAUGCAGCUGCGUGACGAGCUGAAGGAGGCAGGCGAGCGCUGCCGGGCUCUGGAAGAGCGCCACCUGCAGGAGAAGGAGCGCUGGAGAGCCGAGGCACAGGAACUGGCCGACAAGAUCCGCCAGUGCAUUGCUGCCAGCCGCCAUGACCAGGAGCGUAUCGGGCAGCUGGAGCUCGAGAUCGGAGCCACACGCCGUGUCGCCACCGACUCUGAAUGCCACCUGAGCGCCACACAGGAGGAGCUGCUGGCCUUCUCUGAAGAGCUGGCCAACCUCUACCACCAUGUUUGCAUGUGCAACAACCUCACACCACGCCGUGUCACACUGGACUACUAUCGCGAUGGAGCACGAGGCGGGAGAAGGCACCACCAUGGAUCGUUCCGGAAGCAGAGAAGGUCAGGAGAGGCAUUGGGGAAGGGAGCGCAUAGUGUAGAGUUGGACAUCACAACAGCGAAUGGAGAUGCCUCUACAAACUGUGGAAGUGGCCCCAGCUCUCCAACACUGGACUUCAGAGACCCCACCAACGUGCGCAACCUGGUGGCUGUUAUUCGCUGCCAGAUUAAACACCUCCAGGUGGCCGUUGACCUGUGCAGGCAGCGUGGUGCCUUACCCUCCUCUGCAUUAGGGGGCAGCACUGAAUCUGACCGUGAAGCUCUGCUUGAGGAGGUGCUGAAGCUCAAGUCUCUUCUAAGCACCAAGAGAGAGCAGAUCGCCACACUCAGGACUGUCCUAAAGGCAAACAAACAGACUGCUGAGUUGGCUCUGAGCAACCUGAAGACCAAGUACGAGACGGAGAAGACUGUGGUGUCUGAGACCAUGCUAAAGCUGAGAAACGAGCUCAAGGCUCUGAAGGAGGAUGCUGCUACUUUCUCCUCACUGCGGGUCAUGUUUGCGAGCAGAUGUGACCAGUAUGUUACUCAGUUAGACGAGAUGCAGAGACAGCUUGCUGCUGCAGAGGAUGAAAAGAAGACACUCAAUUCACUCCUGCGCAUGGCCAUCCAACAGAAGCUAGCCCUGACUCAGCGACUGGAGGACCUGGAGGCUCCGAUGCAUGCCCACAGUAAUGGAGGCAGCCCACGCCGCUCCCGUGCCAAGCAACUGGCCAACAAAUCAGGACGAGCGCCACGGAGCCCCAUGAGAAGCAGUCCACGUGCCAGCCCCGUGUUGGUAUCGUCGUCAGGCCCUCAGAGCAUGAGCAGCCAUCUGAGGGUGCUCUCACGCAGCCUCCACGGCAGCCCUCGGUGAAUGCUCCAUUCCUCCUGUCCUGCUCCAGUGUGUGUGGACCGUGUUCAUGCCCAGCUCAGAACCACCCUUAACCCUCCAGACCCGACCCGACCCGAUCCGACAUCCACUUCAUCCCACUCCUAAACACAUUGGGCUCCUCUUUCCACUUAUUCUCGUCUCAUCUAUCUUUCCGUUUCUGUAUUACUGUCUGUUUUUCGUGUCCUCUACCUCACUUUUUCUAUUUCUUCUCUCACUGUCUCUGUCUGGUUGGCUCGCUCAAGUGUUGUGCAGCUUUGAGGAACUGAAAGCUCACUGGAGCCUCAUCUCAUUUCACGAUGAGCUUUCUGACGGAAGGCAAGUUACGAAACUUGCUUUCAGUCUCAUGGACAUUGUAACACACCAAACCCACCCCAAAAGACCAAUGUGUGGUUUUAAAAAACUUUUUUCCUGUCUUAUAUUUAGCUGCUGUCUUCAGAGGGGCUAACAUAUGAAGGAAAUUAGAGCCUGCUUUAUUGUAAAUUGUUCUACUACCUAGAAUGACUGACAGUCCGACAGUAUUAGUGCAGAGCUGAGGCAUGUUCAGAAUGAAGUUUUUAAGCUUAAUUUUCAAACGUGCUCCAUUUCCCUCCUUACUUCAUCAGUGACUAUAAUGCACUGCUCCCUAAGCUUUGUCCUUCAGACUUCUGUAUGCUUAAACUAGAAAGACCAUCUUUAUUGGACAAACAGAGAUUAAUGGGAAAAGCUUUCGUCUGCUAUACUGUACAUUCAGUAGGGUUGUUACGGUUUCAAGGUAUAAAAUGACUUUCUAUUACCAUCUGCCUGUGUUUGUUUUGUUUUGUUUGUUUGUUUAACCCAAUCUAGUGGUAUUCAUCAGUUUUGUGUCCAGCUGCGACUCCCCAAAAACAUAGGUUGGAUUUCGCAACCCCCUCCCUCAGGACUCCCCCUAAAUCACACUCCAGCCACCUCUGUUUCUCAGCGCAGGAGGUGUGGGCUGCACUGAAAACCCUUUGGCUGUGUAAUCCGCUACUGCUGUAACAAUGUUACAUUGCUACCUCUGCUCCUACUCUUCGAGCGGUCCUAACGUUAUCAUACGCAACGCACAGAAGAACAUGACAUGACCAGAGCUACACUAAACAACUACUUUUGGCCAAGCAGCUCUGCGUACUGCCUUUCCUCACAGCCGCAGUCUCUUUCAGCUUAUAACAGCAACGUGAUAAAUAAGUGUAAGAGAUUUUAUAGAAAAAUUGUUCUCACAAAUAGUUUUCUAUAGGGAUUUGCUCCUUUUUUUUUUUUUCCCCUGGGUUUUUGUGUGCAAAGAGACUUUUGUACAAAAUUUUCAUCGUAUAUUUUAACUUUAAUUUUCACCACCAGCUCAUGUGUUUUUAUAUAGUCUAUUAAUACAGUGAAACCGUGAUAUUUUUUAGACUAGGUUAUCACACCAUGAACCGUAACCCCCCUACUCAACAUCAUAACGAGUAGAUGAAGUUCAGUGCAGAGGUCUUGAGGUCUCGCUGCUAAUGCUAACUAAAGCAAGUGUUUAAAAAAAAAAAAAAAAAGGACGGUCAACAUUGUCCUGUCAGAACUACUGCCAGUUUUGCGAUCUUUUACACAGGGUUAAACACAAAGCACUGUUACAUCAAUUACUACUCUCUGCUACAAGUACAAGCAAAGCCAUGUCUAGUUUAUUAUUUAUCGAAGCAAUAAGGCACUAGUGUUUAUGCUAAAGGGAACACAUCAUGGGAGAGAAACGGGAUCUGAAACAGUGCCUUAUUUAUUUCCCGAGUCGACCGUUUUUUAGGAAAUUUGUCUUCAGACUUUGUAGGUACUUGUACAUAAAUUAUUGUUUGUCGAAUAGUGUUUUUUUUGUUUGUUUGUUUUUUAAACACUGGUAAUAAAACUGGUGUGUGUCCCCCUUGCUUUACUGUGUAGCUACAAAUUGUGCUAUUCCCCUCGAUUUUGUCCUUAACUGGCAGGACCUGAUAACAUAAACAUAUCGCUGUUCUUAUCAGAGCAGUGAUUUUGUUUAUAUAUGUAUAUAUGAUUAAUAUUUUGUAGAUGAUCAGCACAAGUUGGUCAACUGCAUGCCAGUGCAUGUUCAUAACCCACGUUCCUGAUGCUUACACGGACAGUGGUGUGAUAAAAUAAUGGAAUCAGAACGAAAAUAUUUGGUGACGAAGCUCCCAACUGAAGCGAAGCUCCCACUUUGCUUCAGCUGCAUUGACCUAAUCAGAAGCUUUUCUUUCUAAAAUAAUAAUGUGCUUUAUUACACAAGCAGACUAAUCAAACAUGAUAUUUACAGAUACAAAAAUUCUAGCUAGUACAUACUAUAACUAUUACAUGCUUCCCAAAUUACUAUAUUUAUUAAAAAUGUCCACUGAAACCAUGAUUCUGAUAUUUUUUGCCCACACCACUGGACUUGACCUGCAUUAUUACUGUGUGGAUAAACGAUAUUGUGGCUUAUAUUAUAUAUGUUUGCUUUAUCACAAAUGGUAGUGAAAAUCUCCAUAAAUCAUACAUUUUCUUGUUUAAAAAAAAAAAAAAGACAAAAAGUAACUUUUGUUACUUUUAUGUAUUGAGACCAUGGUCUGAAAAUUGUUUGCUGUCUAAAAUCCCCUCUAUUGCAGUUUUAAUCCACUGCUUUCCUGUUUUUAAUUUUCACUGAGCAUCCCAUUUUAACAAAAGGUGUAAGUUUCUUAUUGCAGUCACACUGUUUUGUGAAAUGUGUAGUAUAAAAUAAAAGUAAAUUAAAUGUC